UUUGAAUUUCAUUCAGGCACAAACGGACCGCCCGUUGUCCACCCUUUGGAUUGUGUCAUGGCGGUGCAGAUGGCGGUAAAUUCGGGAGCCAGUCUGUGGGGGCCACUAAAGGAGCUAUGGGAGACAGUGGAGGGGGCUGUGUUAAGAAGACAGCCAGAGAGCUUCCAUCUGCUCGACCUGCAGUUGAAAAAACACAAGCCACACUUUCUGUCCCUCUUUAAAAACCCGGCAAAGAGUGCAGAGCAGAGAGAGAAGGUGCGGAAAGCCAGCACAGAAGGCAUCGCCAUCCAGGGUCAGCAGGGGGCCCGACUGCUUCCAGAGCAGCUUCUGUCAGAGGCCUUCAUCCUCAGUGAUUUGUUUGACAUUGGCGAACUGGCAGCUGUGGAGCUUUUGUUGGCAGGUGAGCAGCAACAGUCCCACUUUCCAGGUUUAACACGUGGCUUGGUGGCAGUGCUCCUCUAUUGGGAUGGAAAGCUUUGUGUGGCCAACUCUCUGCGCACACUUAUUCAGUCACGUCAUGGAAAGACAUUCACUCUGGACCUCAGUGGCGAGCUGGUGUCUUUGACGACACAUUUCACAGAUGAACUGAUGAGCCAGGGAUUGACCAGGCGCAUCCUGUCCUUGGUAAAUGAGAUCAAUCUGACCCGUGAGUUUGAGCGGCUUCAGAAGGAGCGAGGCCUGGGCAAUGAAAAGCACAGGAAGGAGGUUUCAGACCUUAUUAAAGAAUGCAGGCAGGCCCUUGCGGACAGCCUGUUUGCAUGGACCUGCCAAUCACCAUUGACUAAAGAUGACACUGUGGCUCUUAUUAGUCACUUGGAGACAGUAUCGGCUCAAGCGGAUGGCUCACUUGAUAGUGUGAACCUGGCUCUGGUCAUGGCGUUGAUGUACUGUUUGGAUGUCAGCUUCAUUGAGCAAGGCACUGAAGAUAGAGAAGAUCUGCUUCAGGCACUGCCGUUGCUCACAGAGAGAGAUUAUGUGUCGGCAGUGCACAGUCGUUUGAUGGACAGCGAGCCCUGGAAGCUUCCCGGCCUGCAGGCUGUGUGUCGCCUGACUUGGGCUCUUUCUCUGAGGGUGCUGUCGCAACUGCCACAAGGUUCAGCCCUCGUGGAGUUCACUGAGGCAGAUGAGGCGCUGGCAGAUCAGGCUGUCUUGGGAGAUGUUUUCCUCUUUAUCAAAGAGGGUAUGCUCGAUUGUGGGAGUUUCUUCCAGGAGGAGUUUUACAUCCGCCGCCUCCAUUCACUUAUCACAGAUUUUCUGGCACUAAUGCCAAUGAAGGUAAAGCAGCUACGCAACCGUGCUGAUGAGGAUGCCCGCUUGGUGCAUAUGUCCUUACAAAUGGACAAUGACCCUCCAUCAUCUUUGCGCAAGGACUUGGACCAUCUCAUGAUGCUUAUAGGAGAGUUCUACUGCAAGGACCCAUUUGGAAUGGAAUUGGGUCUAGAGUUCUGGUGUCCCACAGAGCCCCUCCAGCACAACUCUUUGCAAGGGUCCUACCUGGGAAUGGCUCUGCAAAGGCCUCCACAGAAACAGGUGGUUCUGUCUAAGUUUGUGCGCCAAAUGGGGGACCUUCUGCCCUCCACCCUCUACAUCUCCUAUUUACGGAUGCUGAAAGGUCUUGCCAAUGGUCCUCAAUCUGCUCACUACUGCUUCAGCUUGCUGAAAACCAAUGGAGCUUCACAUGGUGAUAAUAUCCAAGGAGUAACAGGCUGUCCAGUGUCAUGGGAGCAUUUUUUCCACUCCCUCAUGCUCUACCAUGAAAAUUUGCGCCGAGACCUACCAAACCCUGAUGCAGUCCAUUAUCGCCACCCACCUCUUCGUGGAAUCACUCAACGAGAACUGGAAGGACUCAACUCAUUUUUGCAGUUACUCACUACAAUUAUUACAUGGAGUGAAAAUGCUCGCCUAGCAUUGUGUGAGCACCCCCAGUGGACUCCUGUGGUGGUGAUGCUGGGGUUGCUUCAAUGCAGUGUUCCACCUGUCCUUAAAGCCGAGCUUCUUCGCUGCCUGGCAGCCUUUGGCAAAUCGCCUGAAAUCGCUGCUUCGCUCUGGCAAUCAUUAGAGUACACACAGAUUCUUCAGACAGUGCGUGCGCCUGGACAAAGACAGGCAGCAGGAAUUGAGGUGGAGCUUAAUGAGAUUGAGUCGAGCUGUGAGGAGUACCCUCUGACACGAGGCUUCUGUCAUUUGAUAAGUACAUUGGUGGAAAGCAGCCUUCCCUUUAAUUUGGGCGCAGGACUGCGUGUGCCAGGCUUUCAGCCAUACCUGGAUUUCUUGCGUGACACCGUCUUUCUGGCUUUCCCCACCAGAGCGUAUCGGCAUCCUGCUGAAAAGUGGGAAGUAGCUGACACUGCACUCGAAGUGUUCCACAAACUGCUGCGAGAUUAUGAGCCGCAGCCGUCAGACUUUGUCCAUGAGAUGGUGGAGCUGCAGGGUGAGCAGGUCCCAGCCCACAAGCCACCAGGACACAGCAUCAUGUUUCACCUGCUCAACGACUCGCCCAUGUUGGCGCUCUGCCUCAGCGUGCUGGAGGAGGGUGUACGCCAGCUAGACACCUACACCCCUUUCCCUGGCAAGAAGUACCUAGAGUCUGCAGUACUGCACUGCCUGUGCCUAUUAGACCUGACCCUGCAGAAGGAGGUGGUGUUCAUGGAUCUCCUCAGGGAGAGCCAGGCUUCUUUUUUGAUUUCCCCAUUGGAGCAGCUUCUCCAAGGGGUCAGUCCUCAAACCCGCAGAGCAGAUCACAUUGUGAAUGUGGCCAGGUAUCUGUACCACAAUGACUCCAAUCCAGAGGCUGCCUUCCAGAGUGCCAAGAUCUUGCGUCGCAUUGCAAACUAUCCAAACAUUCAAGAUAGGCUUGUAGGAGAUUUCACACAUGACCAGGUUGUGAGUGACAAGCUAAUGGCCGGCUUUGUGGAGUGUCUGGAUAAUGAUGAGGCAGAAGAAGGAACUGAAACAGAAAAUGGUGCAUCACCUGCUGAUAUAGAUUCCCAAAAGAAGGUGUCACGAAUCCGACAUGAAACCCAAGUUCAUAUCCUCAACCUUCUCAUAACCUCUUUGGAACUGAAAACACCCAAUCUGGCAUUGUAUCUCUUGGGCUAUGAAGUCAAGAAGCGUGUGUCCUCCACCAACCUGCAAGAUCCAGGGGUGUUGGGUUGCCCGCGCAGUUGUUUGCAUGCCAUCCUGAGUCUCCUGCAGAGAGGCACUGAGAAAAGGUCAGGACCUGUCCUCACUCAACACGCUCCACACCUGGCUGAGCUCUGCUACCAGGUGAUCUACCAACUGUGUGCCUGCUCUGAAACCUCUGGACCAACAAUGCGCUAUUUGAGGACAAGCCAGGACUUUCUUUUUUCACAUCUGCAACACCUGCCUUUCAUCUUGCCUGGGGACCAGAUUGCUGCCCUGUCCCAGAUGUCCUGGCUCAUGAAAACAGCUGCAAUCGAGCUGAGACUGACCUCACUGAACCGCCAGCGCUCACAUACACAGCGCCUUGUCAACUUGCUGCUUGAUGACCAGCCACAAUCACAGCACGCAGCUGAAGGAGAAGCCGGAAUGGAGGAAGAAACUAGAUCAGUCAGUGGGUUCUUACAUUUUGACUCCGUUUCCAAAGUACGCAGAAAGUUACUGAGUGUGUUGGACGCCAUCGACUUCAGCCAAGACAUGCCUGAGCUGCUGCAGCUGGACUUUUUUGAGCGCACUCAGAUAGAGCAAGUCAUCUCCAACUGUGAACACGUCAAUGAGCAAGGGCACACUGUCUGCAAUGUGAAGUUGCUCCAUAGAGUGCUGGUUGCUGAGGUGAAUGCUCUACAAGGAAUGGCAGCUAUUGGACAGAGACCUCUGUUAUUGGAGGAAGUGAACUCGAUCCUGCAGCAGGUGGUGGAACGUAACCGUGUCAGACGGAGUUUGAGUGCAAAGCGACAUGCGCUGCAGUCCUGGAGGAGCCUCGUGGAGACGCUCCUGACCGCUUGCCCUGUUGACCUCAUAGCUAUCGAAGAGAGACAACUAAUCAUCAGAGACUUGCUUCUAGACCUGCAUGACAAGGUUCUAUCUGAGGAUGCAGCGGGAGAGCUAAUGCCCAUUGUUGCUGGGGCAGUCUUCACUCUGACUGCUCACCUCAGCCAAUCGGUGUUGUCUGAACACCAGCAAGGGGCUGCAUUAGAAUCCUCAUCCGGUUUUGCCUCAAUAGCAAACUCUGCCCUCCAUCUUAUCCUUCGCAAACUGCUGGACUUCAUCCUUUCUACUGGAGGAGGAUACCAGCGUCUGCGUGCACACUUAUAUGGCUCUUUGCUGUACUAUCUUCAAAUUGCUCAGAAACCUGAGGAACCAGAUACUUUGCAGAUGGCUGGGAGGGCAAUGUGGGAGCGUCUCACAGCCCCUGAAGAUGGCUUCUCCAAACUCCAGCGAGAGAACCUCACUAUCAUCGAGAGCUAUGGCAGAGCACUAAUGGAGGUGGUGUGCAGGGAUGCAUGUGACGGCCACGAGAUUAGCAGGAUGCUCGCCCUGGCGCUGCUUGACCGAAUCCUGUCCAUCGACCGCCAGAAUCAGUGGCUGGUUUACAUUUGCAACAGCGGCUACCUGCGCUCGCUAGUGGAGAGCCUCCGUCAGGAUGACAUAGCCCUGCAGGGCCUGCUCACACCUCAGCCUCCCCUCCUCAAGCCACUCUACAUCUACGAGAGCAAAAUUGCCCUGCUGACUCGCGUGGCCAAGACGAACCAAGGUGCUGUGGAACUGCUCCGCUGUGGCUUGGUAGCACAACUAAUUGAGUGUCAGGUGUUUGACAUGAUACCUGACAGUGAAGCUCACAGGGAGAUGAGGGACCCGUCAGGUUUCAUCCCCAGCCCUAUGGACCGUUACAGACAGAUUCUUUUACCCACCCUGAGGCUCUUCCAGGUGAUACUCACCUCAACCACUAUGAAUCACCAACAGGGGUCAGCGCAGAUCCUCCAGUGGCUGGUAGUCCAUGCAGACACCGUCCAAUCACUGUUGCGCUGUCCAAAGCUCAGCAUAGGAGCAUUGCAGGAGCUCUCUUUGCUUACUGGUAUCAUCAGUAAGACUGCUUUACCAGGGGCCCCCGAGAUGGGCAGUGAAGUCAAUGGCGCUGCUCUAAUGGAGUUUCAAGGUCACAUCAACAGAUUCCAGCGCUUAUGCUUGUUGCUGCUCAGCCGCCUGGCAGGCAGUGAGCGAGAGAGGUUAUUGAAACAAGCGGAGAUGACUGCAGCUGGAGACUCGGCAGAAAGGAGAGAAGAGAUGGAGGUAGCCAUGCAACAGGUUUGCGCUAACGUCAUGGAGUACUGCCAAAUCCUGCUGCUGCAGAGCUCGGCUCAGGCCCAAUUCAGUAUCUGCCUCUUCAGCCCGUUUGGCAGCGAGCCGGCGGGCAGGGACGGAGGACGCGCAGAUCUGACAUCCAGCUUGCCCAACAUGGCAUACUCACGAGUCCCCAGCCUGGGCCUGGUGCUCUUCCUGCUGAAGAACAGUGCCGCCGACUUCUUCCGCUUUCACCAGAGUCACAGGCAGAGUCUGGGCAAGCUGCAGAGUCUGGAUCAGCUGCCCCCCGAGGAGCUCAAGGAGUUGUGCCAAGGCCUGGUGCCCGGUCCGGGAGGUGUGGAGAAAAUCUCGUCGGUCCAAAGAAGUCUGAUGGCCAACAAAAGAUUGGUGCAACUCAUCAACAAUAGAGCCAAGCUGCUGGCCCUCUGCUCCUACAUCAUCGAGACGUGUCUUUUUGUGUUGUGGCGCCAUCUGGAAUAUUACUUGCUGCACUGCACCCCCACCGACCCAAAGGACUCUCCGCUGCCAGGAGCUACUUUGUAUCAAUCUCGCCUUGCGGACGAUUCGUUUGGCAGCCUGCAGGCAAGCACUGGACGUGGAGCCAUCUCACGGGUAACUCAGCAAGAUUUAGAGCUGUUGAAGAGUGACGUGGCCGCUGGUUUCGGAGAGGCCCUCCAGAGGAAACUUCUGGAGGUGGAAAACUUGUACAGCCAAGUGCGUUCCCGCUACACCUUCAUCCAGGCUCUUGUACGCAGGAUCCGAGGCCUCCUCAGACAGCCCAAAAUCUGAGAACUCUCAAUCACGGACCAUUUUCGGGAAAAUGACGCAAAGCAUAACAUGACAGCAACAGCAAGAAACCCUUUCAAUCUUUUACCAAUGCUUUUCCAGUAAGUCCAUUAAAGUAUCACAUAGCUGUUCCUUGUUCCUUAAUGGACAAGAAAAUAACUGUUUUGUAAAUAGGUAAAAAUGUUUCUUGUUUAAAUCUUUUUGUGUGCAACUCCAUUUUCUAUACAAUGUAAUGAGUGGCGCCUUUUCAUUGCUCAUCAGCAUUCUCAUUUGACUCGCCUCUGGUGCUGCCUUUUUGUCUAGAGUCGGGGCGCCCAAACUUUUUGGAUCAGAGAUCUACUUUUCGAUCAAUUAACCUCCCGGGAUCUACCCUUACCUACGCACGCGCGCGCACACACACGCACACACACACACACACACGAUGAGAAACAGCCUGAAACGGAGGCAUGCGAUACACUUUUGCAGCCCGUUAACUAUCGUAGCUCACACGUACCGUUUUAAAGAGCUUCCCCGGGCCCUCCUAGAUUCCUAUUCUUUGCCCUUGCCCUCGGUGAAUUGUACACGAAGCAAACUCUGAAUGAGAAUAGUGACGAUAAAAGAUAGAGCGCAACAGUUCUGAUCACAAGCUGCAAUUGCAGACUGCUUAGAGCUAACAACAUCCGGUGACGUAAUCACGCGCCACCGUAAAUUCAAGAUUUACCUGCUUUAUUUUAUUUUUUAAAUGUUUUUUUGGUGAAAAUGAGACUGAUAAGACGAUUAGGGUACAGUGUACAUUAACACAAAAAAAUAUAUUACUAACAUGUACAAAGACACAUAAAUGGUUGUUUUUUUUCUCCUCGGAUCUACUUGGGACCUGUCUUAGAUCUACCGGUAGAUCAGGAUUGACAUAUAUGGUGAUAUGGGAGGUGGAAAAUACUUUUUAUGGAUUUGACUGAAGUAAAUUAAUUCACAGCGCAAAAGGGAUAACAGCCAUUCUUUGACAAUUUUUAAUUUCAUGCAUUUUAAAAAUAUUUUUUUAUUCAUGUCAAACCAAAAUAUUUUGAUAGCAUGUUUGGAAACUUGGAGGGGGAAAAACAAUUUCAAAACUAUUGUAAUUAUAAAUGCCGAAUGCUGUGAAGUUAUCUUAUGAGAAAGCCGAGAUGGUUGAGGGGAGAAAAAGUUGAAGAUCUUGUCCAAUUAAUUUAGCGUUUCUUCUUUCCCCUUACAAUUAUUUAAUAUUACCAUAUGAAUAUAUGUAAGAUCACAACGAGGGUGGUUUAUUUGAAAGUAUCCUAUCUUCUGUGAGACACAUUUUAGUCGUCCUUAGGAUGAGUUAAAAAAAUACACCACAAACAACCUGGAUCCAUAAGUAUUUAAUGUAGUUGUACACUUGUCAAAUGUUUGGGGGUGAGGAGAUGCGCGCGUACAAAUGUUGGCUAGACACUCAGGACUUGCACACGGUGAAGCAUUGUGCUCUUUUAUUUGUUGACCGAAAAGGGUUAAAAAAACAAAAACAAAACAAACGGGCACAUCCAUCCCCUCUGCGUCAGUUCAUAGAACCACUGCAUGUCUCAAUGCAGAACACCUGACAAAAUAUGGAUUAUAAAAACGUUUUUUUCCUUCUGGAGACAGAUUUGUGCUAGUUUCCAACAGCUCAUGCUCAUGAUCUAUAAAUUACUUUAAAUAAUACAAUUACUUAUAGCAUUAAUUGAAAACAAAAAAAAAAACAUUUACAUUCUUGCACCAGCUUGUUAACAUCUCAUUGUACAUUUGCGCUGAAAAAAGAGAAGCUGCUUUAUGCAGACCACAGUCAGUUGAACCAUUCAGUCUUGCUCACGACCUGUGGCUGAGGCUGUUGCCGCUUGUUGCAGUGUACCGAAACACACGUCUAUUUUGAUGAGUAAACAAACAAAAAAAAAGAUGGUUUACCCAAACUGAAUUUGUUUAUUUGACAUGGUUGACUUAACAUGGGGGGUCCUAUCCUCAGGACUGUCGCAAAUGUGCAGAAAGCUUCAGAAAGUUCAUUGUGGAGGAAGCUCAAUCAAAGUGGCGAAACGCAAUUAUUAUAUAUCAUUCAUAUGUUCAGUUUCUUCCUGCCUGUCUUCAGUCGGGUCACUGGAGCCCAUCGCAAUUGACCUUUGGGUCAUUGGUAGGGCACACCUUGCAUUGAUCACCAGUCAAUUGCAGCGAUUUCAAUAUAAUUUUUAGUAUGGAUAAUAAUUAUGUGCCUAAAGCAGUUUAUGUUGGAUUAAAAUCUUUUAAAGUAUGUAGCUGGUGUGCUACAAAUGAGCAAUUGUUCUUGGGUGACUUCCCUCAUCAAUUGACUGUUUUAAAAAAAUAUGCAUCCGAUAAUUUGACAUAAGAGGAUUGCUUAGCAGCCCUCUAGGAUGUUGUGUAACCGAUUAUUCCAUGGCUUUACCCAAAAAAGUCAAGUGAGAGUGAGGGACGCCAUCAUCUUGUUCAGUUUGAA